AACAAGUUUCCGUUCAUCGCGCGCACACAUAUUUCUCAUUUUCAUUCUUUUCAUUUCCAACAAUGUCUAACGCAAACGGCGCCGUUGCACACCUUUUUCUCCGAGUCAAGAAGCUCUCCGACAAAGCCGUUCUGCCUUCAAGGGGUUCCCCUCUCUCCGCUGGUUACGAUCUUUCCAGCGCCGCCGCUACUCAAGUUCCGGCGCGAGGCAAGGCUCUUAUUCCCACCGAUCUCUCCAUCGCCGUCCCUGAAGGAACCUAUGCUCGAAUUGCACCGAGAUCGGGGUUGGCUUGGAAGCAUUCAAUUGAUGUGGGUGCUGGAGUGAUUGAUGCCGAUUACAGAGGUCCUGUUGGUGUUAUACUGUUCAAUCAUUCAGAUGUUGAUUUUGAAGUAAAAUUUGGUGAUAGGAUUGCUCAGUUGAUUAUUGAGAAGAUUAUCACUCCUGAGGUUUCUGAGGUUCAGGAUUUGGAUUCCACUCUUAGAGGCGAAGGUGGUUUUGGAUCAACUGGGGUUUGAAUUUCAUGAUUAUUAUCAUUACUUUUUUUUGUUACUUUUUUGGUUCCUUAUUAGUUAACCUUUGAAUGCGAGGAAAAUGGUAUUUUUCUUCAAUUUUCUACAUAUAUGUGUUCGCGGGGCACGAAAGUGAUAAGCUGUAUUUUGUGUAUUAAGGAAGACUUUCUCUGCUAAAACAUUUUAGAAGAAGAGGAUUAUAGUUCUCAUACUUGGUCCACUCUCUCAA